AGUACGUACAGUAACAAUAGCAAAUUAUACUCAUAUACAAGUGAUGUUUUGACACUUGCUAACGACAUAUUUUGCAUGGAAACUUGAUUAGUAUUUGCUGAAAAAACUACAUAUUUCUAACAGUAAAUGUUAAAUAAUUUUGAAAAGCGUUCGCAGAAAUCUGAUUCUGUUCAACGGAAGCGUAAAAUGUCUGAAGAUUGGGAUAAUGAAGAAGAAACAACAGUUGAUAACAAGGUUUUCACGAACAAUACACAUUUCCAAAAUAAUGCUUUUAAAUUGAAUGAAUCAUAUUCUAAUCGAGGGCAUCGUGGCCCAAAAUAUUCAAAUGUAAAAUACCAAAUAGAAGAUUGGACCCAAGAUGAUAAUAAUGAUACUGAAAAAAAUUAUUCAAAAUCAAAUAAUAGUAAUUGGAAUUCAGACAAUUCUAACAGAUCAUCUUAUAGAAAUGAUUUUGAUCGAAGGCGUGAUAACAGAAACCGUUCAGAUAGAAAUGAAGGUUUCAGAAAGGAAGGUACAAAUUGGAAUAGCAAAGAGAAAAUUGAUAUGGCCAAUGAAAACAAUGAAUGUAUUAUGAUCAAUUCUUCUCAAAAAGGUCUUUUGAUUGGUUCAAAAGGCUCAAACAUAAAAGAAAUUGAAUCUCAAUUUCAUGUACGAGUAAACAUUGAUAGGAAUUAUGAAAAUAAUGGCAAAAGCAAAGUUAAUAUUUCUGGUGGUUCCAAGUUAGAUAUAGAUAAUGCAAUAGUUCAUAUUGAAAAUCAAUUAAAAACUGCAUUCCAAACUGGAAAUAGGUAUAAACAACCAUCACAAAAUUAUUCCUCUAAUAGAGAUAAUUACGAAACAAAAAGAAGUUUUUAUAAAGAUGACUUAUCAAGCGGCAAUCAAAAUCGAGAGUACAAAAGGAAUGAUUUUAGCAAUGAAAACUCUUCGAAAUAUAAUUCUGAAAGACAAUAUGCUCAAGUAGAACAUGAAGAAGAGUCAUAUAAUGAUAACGACAAUUCCGCCCCAAUAGACUGGCAUGCACUUUACAUACAAUCAGAAGAGGAACGCCGUAAAAAGUGGGCGAAAUGUCCACCAUUAUUAAAAAAUUUUUACAAAGAACAUGCUGAAGUAUCAAAUUGCCCCGCAGAAGAAGUUUCAAGAAUGCGCAUGGAAAACAUGAAUAUUGUUGCUUCGAGAUUAUUUUUGGAAAAUAAAGAAUCUUCUGAACCAAUUCCAAAUCCUAUUUGGAAAUUCGAACAUUGUUUUGAAGAAUAUGAAGACAUUAUGCAAGAAAUUAAAAAACAAGGAUUUGAAAAGCCAUCUCCCAUUCAAAUGCAAGCCUGGCCGGUUUUACUAAAAGGGGAAGACUUAAUUGGUAUUGCUCAGACUGGAACGGGGAAAACCCUUGCAUUUUUAUUCCCUGCGUUUAUACAUACGGAGUAUCAACCAAUAGCUCGAAAUCAAAGAGAGGGUCCAAAUGUUUUAGUUUUGGCUCCUACUAGAGAAUUAGCCUUGCAGAUAGAGAAAGAAGUUUCAAAGUAUUCUUUCAGAGGAAUAAAAUCUGUUUGCGUUUAUGGUGGUGGUAGUCGAAAAGAUCAAAUAAACUUGGUAACAAAAGGAACGCAAAUUAUAAUCGCUACUCCGGGUCGCUUAAACGAUUUAGUACAAAAUGAAAUUAUUAACGUUAGCAGUAUUACAUAUCUUGUAUUAGAUGAAGCCGAUCGAAUGUUAGAUAUGGGAUUUGAGCCCCAAAUUCGCAAAGUUCUUUUAGAUAUAAGACCAGAUAGGCAAACUGUAAUGACUAGCGCUACUUGGCCUCCUGGAGUUCGAAGAUUAGCGCAACAGUAUAUGAACAAUCCAGUUCAGGUAUGUAUCGGUAGCUUGGAUUUAGCAGCUGCUAAAACUGUUACUCAAGUCAUUGAAAUAAUGGAUGAAGAUGAAAAAUAUUGCAGGGUAAUCGAUUUCGUAAAAAAUAUGGAACCUCAAGAUAAAGCAAUUAUAUUUUGUGGCAAAAAAGCUAGAGCUGACGAUUUAUCUAGUGAACUGACCUUAAAAGGUUUUAUGGUACAAUGUAUACACGGUUCCAGGGAUCAAUGUGAUCGCGAACAAGCUAUAGCUGAUAUAGCUUCCGGAGAAGUACGUGUUUUAAUUGCUACCGACGUUGCUUCUCGAGGUCUCGACAUCGAAGAUAUUACACAUGUUGUAAAUUACGAUUUUCCAAACAAGAACAUAGAAGAGUAUGUUCAUAGGGUAGGCCGAACAGGGCGUGCUGGACGUAAAGGAAUUUCGAUAAGUUAUUUGACUCGUGAAGAUUGGGCAUCCGCUAAGGAUUUGAUUGAAAUAUUAGAAGAAGCUAAUCAAGAAGUACCGAGGGAAUUGCGAGAUAUGGCUUCACGUUAUCAAGCGAUGCGUGAAAGAAGAGCAAACGAAUUGUCCUCAUUUGGAGAACGCAAUCGUAGGGGAGGCGGUAGAGGUUUCAGACAUGGAAAAGGAUUUUAACUUUUCAUAUUUCAUUGGAACAAUACUGUUGAACGUGCAUUUUUAAGGUUUUUUACUUGAAGUACUUCUUUUUUUAAUUAAUUUCCUAUUAUAAAAUUUUUUUUGAUACACAUACAUAAUUGUAUUUUCUAAAAAUACAUAGUUAUGUAUGUAUGCAAUAAAUGGAUAAAAAUUUAUAC